AUGGACAUGGAUCAAGUUGAACUCUACGCUCAAAAGUCAGAUGUUGACAACAACUUGUCUGACCCCACCGUCAUUGCCAAGUACCGUCUUGCCGCCGACAUUGCCCAAGAUGCUUUGACCAAGGUUGUUGCUCGUGUUGCUGACGGUGUCCGUGUCAGCGAGUUGUGCGCCUUCGGUGAUGAGAUCAUCCUCUCCUACACCUCCAAGGUUUACAACAAGAACAGUGUUGAGAAGGGUAUUGCUUUCCCCACUAUGGUCUCUGUCAACGACUGCGUCGAGUACUACUCCCCUACUGGCGAUGCUGGCGAUGAAUAUGUCCUCCGCACCGGAGAUGUCGUCAAGAUUGAAUUGGGAGCUCACAUUGAUGGUUACAUGGCCACCAACGGCCACACCACCGUUGUCAACUCCAACCCUGCUGCCCCCAUUGAGGGACCUGCUGCCGAUGUCAUCUGCGCUGCCCACUUCGCUGCUGAGGCCGCUCUCCGUUUGAUGAAGAUUGGCAACAACAACAUUCAGGUCCAGGAGGCGAUCGCCGAGGCCGCUGCCCUCUUCAACUGCAGCCCCGUCGAGGGAACUGCCUCGAACGAGAUCAAGCGUUACGUUAUUGCCACAGAGAAGAUGAUCUUGAACGUUCCCGAUGAGGAGAACCGCCCCGUCCAGGACUUUGUCUUUGUCGCCAACGAGGCCUACACCCUCAACAUCUUGGUCAGCUCUGGAGACGGUAGCUGCCGCGAGGGUGCCCUGAAGCCCACUGUCUUUUCUCGCAACGUUCACCAAAACUACAACUUGAAGCUCAAGUCUGCCCGUGAGGCCUUUAACGAGAUCAACAACAACUUUGGUGUCUUCCCCUUCUCCAUCCGUGCUUUGGAGAACAAGCGCCACCGCCUGGGAGUCACUGAGCUCGCCUCCCACCAGCUCGUGACCCCUUACCCCGUCUACUACACCCGUGCUUCGGACAAAGUUGCCCAGUUCAAGAUGACGGUCUUGGUCGCCGCCAACGGCACCACCCGUAUCACACCCGCCCUCCCCUUGCCCUAUGUCCACUCUGCCUACACCGUCCCCUCGGACUCUGCCGUCGCCCAGUUGUUGGCCACCGAUGCUGGUGUCAAGACUGUCAAGUCUGGCAAGGCCCUCGCUGGUAUCGGUGCCUCUGAGGUCGCUGCCCCCGCCCAGGGCAUGGACGUUGACAUGUAA